AUGCCUAGGAACAGUCCCAUAUAUAGCCCUCCAAGGAGGUGUUAUGGCGGAAGAGAAAGAGGAGGCUAUAACGAUGGUUACUCUCGUAGUACAAGGGAAACUGGCACAAGUCUUUUAAUUCGAAAUCUACCUCUUGAUUGCAGGCCAGAUGAGCUCAGAAUACCUUUUGAGCGCUUUGGGCCAAUAAGGGACAUAUAUUUGCCUCGAGACUAUUACAGUGGGGAGCCACGUGGUUUUGGGUUUGUAGAGUUCAGGAGUUCUUAUGAUGCUGCUGAAGCACAAUACUAUAUGGAUGGACAACUUUUGGGUGGACGUGUGUUGAUAACUGUGUUUGCUAAAGACAACAGGAAGAGGCCUGAAGAAAUGAGAAUGAGGUCUUCUAGGAGGUCUCCAUUUGGUUCAAAGCAAUGUAGAUCAAGGUCAAGGUCGUCAAGGUCACGUUCAAGGUUGAGACACACAUACCGUUCAAAGUUUUCAUUUGGUUCAGAGCAAUGUAGAUCAAGGUCAAGGUCGUCAAGGUCACAUUCAAGGUUGAGGCACAUAUACCGUUCAAGGUCUCCAUUGCGGCAUAGAAGAUCUACAUUUGGUUCGAAGCAAUCUAGAUUGAGGUCAAGGUCGUUAAGGUCACGGUCACGUUCAAGACAUAGAUACGAUUCAAGGUCAUCAUUCCUAGAACAUAAUCGAGGACAUGAAAGGUUCCUUUCACCAAGGAAAAGAUAUGGGGGAUCUUAUAAUAAAGGUAGGAGUGUAGACCAAGAUGCUUCCUCUAUUAGGAGCUCUUAUUCUCCUUCCCAUUAUAAGCGUUCUCCAUCUUUGCAACACUCUAGGAAAUGCAAUGUUUCAAAGUCUCAUUAUGUUUCUAGAUCACCUUCUCGAUCCCACUCAAGGCCUUCUAUUCAUUCAUUGUCACAAGAGCCUAGGGAAAGGAAUACAGAAUGUGAUAAAGAGGAUGAAAAAGGUAGACAAUGCAAUGUUUUAAAGUCAAGCUCUGUUUCUAGAUCACCUUCUAAAUCCCACUCGAGGUCUUCUAUGCAUCCAUUGUCACAAGAGCCUACAGAAAUUAAUAGAGCAUGUAAUGAAGGAGAAGAAAAUCAAAAUAAUUGA